GCAGAUCUCAGCUGGCAGACAUUUAAAUGUGAGACAGCUCGGCGCUGCUGCAAUUUGUAAUCAAGAUCCGCGACUCCCUCUAUAUGGACUCACUGGCAGCUCCCUCCAGGCUCCUACCCCACUGUAGCCUCUAGCCGGCCAGCAAAGUAACCCACCCCAGGCAAGAGACCCGUGUACAGCAAGAGACUUCACCGCUCCCGCUGACCACAGACCGCACAGGAGGGGGAGCAGCAGGCAGAGCAGGAUGGUCCGCACAGUGUAUGCUGUUGGUGGUCUGCUUCUUCUAGCUGGACUCCUGUUACCCACAGCAGAAGGGAGAAAGAAGAACCGUGGGUCUCAGGGAGCCAUCCCUCCUCCUGACAAGGAUCAGCCCAAUGAUUCAGAGCAGACACAGACAAAGCAGCAGCCGGGUUCAAGGCACCGAGACCGGGGAACUGGCACACCAAUGCCCGCCGAAGAGGUGCUGGAGUCUAGCCAGGAAGCAUUACACGUCACUGAACGCAAGUAUCUUAAACGGGAUUGGUGUAAAACUCAGCCCCUCAAACAAACCAUUCAUGAAGAAGGCUGCAAUAGUCAUACUAUUAUCAACAGAUUCUGCUAUGGCCAGUGCAAUUCUUUCUACAUCCCAAGGCACGUCCGCAAAGAGGAAGGCUCUUUUCAGUCCUGUUCCUUCUGCAAACCUAAGAAGUUCACCACUAUGACAGUUACACUCAAUUGCCCUGAACUUCAGCCCCCUAGAAAGAAGAAGAGGAUCACGCGAGUCAAGGAAUGUCGGUGUAUAUCCAUAGAUUUGGACUAGACUUUGCAGAACACUAUUACACUGAUGCUCCAGGCAUAGGCAAUCAUCAUUGCCAGGUUAAAUAAGAGUGAGUGACAUAACUACCAUACCUGCGUGGCUGGACACAACUGACAGGAACCAGAGUGAAUCACCCAAAACAUAAUGUGUGUGUGUGUGUGUGUGUGUGACUGCGUAUCUAUACAGAAGUAUAUGAAUGUUCACUAUAGAGUAAAAACAUUUAAAUUCAUGUGUGAAAUAUCACCAAAGGCCUGUAAACACAAGGUUCAGUAUCAUAUCUAUGAAUUAGGACCCUUAGCAUACACUCACAUUCUCCCUGCUUGCUGGGUUCAGUGCAGCUGUGACUUUUGCUAAUGCCCCACUGGAGACCAUACUAUUCACCUUCACGAUAUGAAGAAAUAUCAAAUCAGAAGCAUUCAGGAGCUUCCAAGCAUGAAUUUGAUCCUAAAUUUAAAAUAACCGAUGUUAAAAGAGGUGCAGUUAUAGAUGAAACCUCACUAAAAGCCACCUUUCCACCAAUAGUUUCUAUUAUGCCUUUGUUUUUUUUUUAAAUCAGUGUUGCUGGGAGGCCGGGUUGGGUGGGGUGAUAAGAACCAACAGGACACAAACAGAGAGAAAACAACCCCAGCGAGCUAGAAGGAAAAAAAGGCCAAGAGUUAGCAGGAAGGAGAGGAAAGGGACAGGAGGGAGUAGGAGAAGGAAGGAGAGAAAAGAUGAGAAAGACAAAGGAAUAAGAGGAGACAUUUUCUUCUGCUACUUUUUUGCUUUAAUUUAUAGACAAAUCCAUUUGUUAUAUAAAAUGAAAAGAAAUUACAAACAUGGAAUUCAUUCCUGAAUUCUAAUAACAGUCUAAAUCAAUUAAGAUCCAUUCUUAUGUCACUAGAGCCUCUUGAUUUAUUUAUGGUCUUGUAAUUCAGAUAUCAGCUGCUUUAUAUAUUUAUGUAUGUGUCUGUACUCUACAUGUAAUAUGUAUAUAUACAGUCUCUAUCUACAUAUGUGGGUAUAUAUGUGCACCCAAUGAGGUUAUGUAUUUUGUGUAUCUGUACUUUCUCUCUCACACAAUGUACCAAUCACAAAAAAAAUCUCAGUAUACAACAUCAAGCACAAAAUGGCAGUAAUUUAG